AUGCCACCGAACGAUGCUCUGAGACGACCUUAUCACCUUAUGAACCUGCUAGGACAUACGAUGACGUCGAAGUCCGGUGGGUAUAUCACUCGCAAAUUACAUGUACCAUACGAUGUAUGGUCCCAAGGCGGUGCGAAGCUCGCGAAUCUUCCGGAGAAGAUUCGUGUUGUUGAAGUUUUAUGCGACGCACUAAUUGAGUUGCAAAAUGCGAGUGCGGAAUUUGCUGGGCCGAUGAGCGUGGCGAGUGGCAUGGGGAUGGGUAUUGGGAGUAUUACCAGGAAGGAUGGAGAGUUGUGGGCGCUUAAGCUUGAGGAGUUUUCUGUUGUGUGUGAUAAUGUUGUAUCGAGUUUUGGGAAGAAGUUGAGUGUUGGAGAGGGGUUCGUAGUGAAGAAGAGUUCUGGGGUAAGCAAACUGACCCGUCAACUAGAUAAGUUGACAAACGGGAAGAACCUCGACUCUCCGAACCUCUAUGUUCAGGGUCUACAGAAGUUAUUCACACUAACACAGCUUCUCGACGAACAUACCAUGGCACUUGAUUCACAACCCAUGGCUCCCGUCUACGCGGCACUCCCUCCCGACAUACGAAUAACGCUCGAAUCAAAGUUGAAGCGAUCGUCUGAGUUCUUUGCUGGUGUCGUGCUUACCUUCGUCAUCCGGGAUCUUUCACAGCUUCUUGAUAAAUACGCCAAGAAGGGUGAAAAGUGGCUAGCUGAAUGA